GUCAUUAAAUACUGUAAAACAGCUGUGUUUACAGUCUACUGCAAUUCCAAUACAUACAGCACCCACAGAACCACAGAGUGACAGUCUUGUAAUAUAUAUUUUGCCUGUAAAUUGUGCUUUUGCCUGUUAAUUCUUUUAGUUUUUUAUGUAUGAGGAAUCAGAAAUCACCCUGUAUAACAAGAUAAUCGGUAAUACGAAUAUAAUAAUUUAAAUUUCAGUAACUGGUUUUUUCUUAUUACAUUUCUGUGACCAAUAAAUGAAGUUGGAAAACAAUUAGAACGUACUGCAUAUUAUGUGUGUAUUUUAUUGUCAGCAAUUGUAAUCACAAUAGAUUUUCGAUAAUCAGAUAGUGUUGAUUCGAUAAGAUGGAUAGGCGAGUAUUUGUACCAAAUAGAGCAUUUUUCCAGACAUGUAUUUAUUUUAUACUUGACUUGAGAAGAUCCAAGUGAUACAAGAUGAUUAUUAAGGUUGGUGUAUUUAACAAUUUCGUUGGGGCAGUAACUGCAGUGGGAAUGAUGGCCUUUAUGUUCGGCACUGCUAUCAGUUGGUCUUCACCAGUCGUUCCAAAACUACAAAAACUGACUGACGAUAAUCCGUUCGGUAGGAUAGCGACUACGAAUGAAAUUUCCUGGAUGACAUCUUUGAUGGUACUUGGAUGCUGCGUGGGUUGUUGGAUAUUUGCGUAUAUGGCCAAUGUGUUAGGAAGAAGAUUUACCAUGUGUACCGUAGGAGUUCCCAUACUCACUAGUUACUUAUUGAUGGCAAUAUUUAGAAGCAUUCCGGUAUAUUAUGUCGCUAGAUUCAUAACAGGCAUAGGCUUAGGAGGUGGAAACGUUAUACAAAUAACCUUUAUAAGUGAAAUAGCGAGUAAAAAUACCAGAGGUUUUGUUUCAACAAUUGGAGGUAUGAUGCUCGGUGUAGGAGCUUUGGCCAGUUAUUGCAUUGGACCAUAUGUUCCAGUAACAACUUUAAAUAUAAUUUUAGCUGUCAAUCCACUACUAGUUAUUUUGGUAGCGAUCUUGUUUUGCGAAGAAUCUCCCUACUACUACCUUAUGAAGAAUCAAACCGAAAAAGCGAAAAAUGCUUUAAAAGUAUACAGAAAUCCAGGUGUAAACGUGGACGAAGAAAUUAAAGAAAUAAAGGAGAAAAUUGAAGAGCAAAACUCUGGAAAAUUAAUAGAAGUACUUAAAACUAAAGCAUUUAUAAAAAGUUUUAUUAUAGCAAAUAUGUUGCUCAUUUUUCAACAAUUUACUGGUAUUAAUGGCAUAACUAUGUACAGCCAAACGAUAUUUAAUAAAACAGGCUCAAAUUUAUCCCCCGAAAUUUGCUCAAUUAUUCUCGGAGCCCUCAAUCUGGCUAGUGGUUCCAUAGCUCCGUUUGUGGCUGAAAGAUUUACUAGAAGAUUUCUUUUGAAUCUCUCAGCUGCAGGAAUGAUUAUUUGUGAGUCCGUUUUGGGAAUAUAUUGUGUUCUAGAUGAUGCAGGAAAAGUGUCGUCUUCAUUAAAAUUUUUACCCAUCGUUUCAUUAGCCGGUUUCAUGUUCACAUAUAACUUUGGAGUCGGACCCCUUUGCUGGGUUGUUACCAGCGAGAUAUUUGUUACAAGGGUAAAAACAUUCGCUAUGUCCUUCUCAGUAUUUAUUUACUACAUUAUAGGAUUCUUUAUUGCUCAAUAUUUUAAUCCAGUAUCUGAAGCAAUUGGAAUAGGACCUGUGUUCUUUAUUUUUGCUGGUUGUUGUACUGCAUUUAUAUUAUUUGUGGUUUUCUAUGUUAUCGAAACCAGUGCCAAAACGUUGGAGGAAAUCCAAGACGAAUUAAGUAGGUAGCAAAGUUAAAGGUGCACUAGACGGAUACUUUUAAAGCGAUGAUGUUACUCAAAGGAUCGAUGACGUAGCUGAAGAAGAAUUUUUCAUUAACAAAUGUUAUGUUCCAAAUUUUUAAUAUGGGAAAAUGUACGAUCAAGCCUUCUUCUAAAUACAAAUACAAGUAUACAAAAGUAUACUUCUGUAAUACAAUCGCAUCUAGAAGACAUCUAGCUUUUCGAUAUUUGUUUUGUUACAGUUGCAACUUCUACCUAAAGGCCUGGAUGUUGGAGUUGUCUAAUUUUUACUACUUUAGAUAAUUCUAGAGUUACUUUAGGUUUUGCUACAAAAUGACCUGGUAACUGAAGCCAAAUUGUACACUAGUAUCUGACAAGUCACCAUACGUGCCACACUGUAACUAAUAAAAUGAAUAAUUAGCCAUUUUUAUUUUAUCAACAAUCAACCUUUAGAGCUUUUUUAAGUUUUUGUAAUUAUUUGACAUUUAAAAAUCUGCUAUAUUCUAAAUCAAAUACUACAUACUAUGUUAUCUAGGUACUAUAUUUUUGUUAACACAAUAAUUAUAACUGAAAACAUAUUACUUCAUAAGUUUAGAUUUUCAACUCGGAAAUCACUCUAAAAAUAUACUUAAAUAAAUAAAUUAUUAAUUUUUUUGUUA